AACCGAAGCUGGCUUCUAUGGAUAUGAUGAGUCUCAAUUCGUAAAUCCGAACACAUGGUCUUUAAAACAUAUCGCCCAGUACAGACUUCUAUAAGUGUUUGGCUAAAAAAUUCCUUACUUACUCAUCAGAUUAUUUUCUUGUUAUUAAUGGGAAUUCUUGUGGGUCUAUCAUGUUGGCUACUAAUUUGGACAUCUCGGUUUUCUGACUUCGAAAUUAUCAUGAAGUCCUAUUACUUUUCUUCCGGAAAGCUUGUAUUGCUUAUUUCAUCUAUAUUUGGGGCUGGAGUGGCUGUUUUUGGAUACUGCAUUUUCAACGUUGAUAGUCCUACUUUGUUACUAAUUGUAAGUUUUGCUUCAAAACUUACUCAGAAAGCACAUAAUUAGCAACUUUAUCCUUAUUUGGGCGUUUCUGUCAGUAAGCGUUUGUGGAUUUUUGCUAUUACUGGAGGUGGUAUCUUAUUGAUAAUUAUGUACACUUUUCUAGUUGGACAUAGAAUUACCAGGUAAAUUUACAUCAGCGAUAACGAAAUAUUAUGGCAUAAAUAUGUCAAUUCGUCGAAAUAAGGAUUUGACUGCUGCAUUAAAUGAGAUUCAAUUCAAAUUUAAGUGUUGCGGUACGCAUGGUGAAAAAUCAAGUAAUUAUUCAUGGUUUAUUUAUAGAGGGUCAAGCACGUGGUUUUACAUUACACAAGAGCUAGGUCUAAAAUCGACGGCCCAAUACGUUCCAGAAAGUUGUUGUGUUUUAAAAAGUCACAAUCUUCAAUUCAAUUCUUUCUCAGAAAUUCAGUCGCAAAGUGGUGUUUUCCUAGACAGAGAAUUAUGUAUUGGUUAUAAGUCACUUACAACAAGAGACGAUAUUGCACCUCGUAUUGAUAAUCCAUUAUAUACCACUAGAAGUAAUACAUAUCUAUAUGAAAAGGGAUGUGUAACGGUAGUCAGACAAGAGUAUCAACAAUAUUCUAUCAUGUUAGCUGCUUCAGGCACAACUGCUCUGGUGCUAUCUAUAGUUGGAUUUAUUCUGUCACUGGUUCUACUAUUCCAUAUUGAAUAUCAACAGUUUGUUAGAAUUUCGACGGACUGGAAUAUUAAUACUAGUACAAUUAAUAUACAGUCAUCUAUACAAGACAAUAUCAGCACUACAUCUAAACAGUUAUCAGAGAAUGAAGUGUUAGUUAAAGCCUAAAAUAUACCUAUUGAAUUACAUUA